UCAGAAACAGGAGGAACUCGCUAGUUAGCAGAGUCGGAAGUGCAGAAAUGUUAUUACAACAUUUGUGUGGAUUACUAUUAGUUCUAGGACUGUGUGGAGCACCGUCCGAUGCGCAGGUGAAGAAAGAGGCGCUGCUCUCCGAUAAGAUCAGCCAGCUGAUGGACUGGUCCGGAAGAAGAGCCGUGAUCCGAAUGAACGGCGAGAAGUUCCGGAAGUUUGUGAAAGCUCCUCCAAGGAAUUACUCGGUGGUGGUGAUGUUCACCGCGCUUCAACCCCAGCGGCAGUGUGGCGUGUGCAGACAGGCUGAUGAGGAAUAUCAAAUCCUGGCCAACUCCUGGCGCUACUCCAAUGCUUUCACCAACAGGAUCUUCUUUGCAAGCGUGGAUUUUGAUGACGGGUCAGAUGUCUUUCAGAUGCUGAACUUGAACUCUGCCCCCACGUUCAUCCACUUCCCACCGAAAGGGAAGCCCAAGCGUCCCGACACUUAUGAGCUUCAGGUCCGAGGCUUCGGGGCAGAACAGAUUGCCCGUUGGAUUGCGGACAGGACUGAUGUCCAUAUCCGUGUGCUCCGGCCUCCCAGUUACGCUGGACCACUUAUGCUUGGUCUGUUGCUGGCAGCUAUUGGGAGCCUGGUCUACCUGCGCCGAAACAACCUGGACUUCCUGUUCAACAGGAACACCUGGGCUUUUGCUGCACUGGGCAUUGUGUUAAUCAUGACCUCAGGACAAAUGUGGAACCACAUCCGUGGACCCCCAUAUGCCCACAAGAAUCCUAACACGGGACAAGUGAGCUAUAUCCAUGGCAGCAGUCAGGCCCAGUUUGUCGCAGAGACCCACAUUGUCCUCUUGUUCAAUGCGGCUGUCACCCUGGGGAUGGUGCUGCUGCACGAAGCAGCCACGUCUAGUAUGGAUGUAGGCAAGAGGAAGAUAAUGUGUGUGGCUGGCAUCGUAUUGGUGGCGCUGUUCUUCAGCUGGUUGCUCUCCAUCUUCAGAGCCAAGUAUCACGGGUACCCUUAUAGCUUCCUGAUGAGCUAAAAAGCCUGCUACUCAGAAGAUAGAGGCUGAUGGAAUCUGCAGGAGGAUGCACACUUUAAACCCAAAAGUGCCUGGAAGUUUGACGUUCAGAUAACCAGAUUACGUCUUUCCGUUCAACCUCAGUGUUAUGAACGAUGAUACAUUAUCACUGAAUGACUGACCGACUUUGCACUGAACUCUCCGGUUGAGUAAUGGCCUUAUUUGCUUAACCCUAAUAGGUAGGGUGCUGUUUGCCCAUGGUUUUAAUAAAAAGAUAUCAUAUAAAUAGAAAUGUAUAAACACACAUAUAGCCAUACACGCUGUUUUAGAACCAGUGGGAGAAAUUGUAUACCUCCCACAGCCAUGUCAACUUAAUAUCUGAUUUUUUUUCGUCCUUCACUGUAUCACAGGGUUGUUGUCUAUUUCCUCAUGUUUUGCAAGCAGUUCCUGACAUCCUUUCCUUAGUCUGUACUUUGUGAAUGUUAUCUGAGUAGAUUGAAUGGAUUUAUUUGCCUUUUAAUUUUGCAUAAGUGACAUGCACAUUGCCCUCAUGUUUGGUUAAAUAUGUCUACUGACUUUCUCAUUAAUUCAUUCAUUAUCUUCAGUACAUUAGGUGUAAAUCCCUUAUUGGUUUUAAAAAAAUAAAAAAUUUAUCAUUUCUGCCCUCAGGUAUUCAUACCUGGAUGUCCAGGUAUAUGAUUUUUAUAUUUGCAUAAAGGAAGUAAAAGUCAUUCUUGUUGUGUUUCUGGUGAUGUAAACCUGACAUUUUGUUAAUGUGAAAUAUUUUCUCACCUGAAAUUGCAGUAAUGUUUCUGGGAUACUUUGGGCUCUGCCGCUUAGCUAUUAAAAGUGCCUUAAUGACACUUAUUCUUUAUUAUAUGGUGUUCUGUUUAACUGCUGUGGAUAUUUUCCAGUCGCUGUAGCCUAUGUUCUGUACUGUGGAGUGCGAGGCACUGAACUAAAUACACCCGCCAUUAUUGUGUCUGCACUGCACAUUCCUGUCUAGAUGGGCCGUGAUAGUAAUAAACAGCCCCCAGUUACAUGUGUAUUCCUAUUUUCUUUCACUUGCUUAUGCAGUGUUGAUGAGGACUCUGCAAAUGCUCCAACGUUUUUGCUAUAAAAUACCUCAUGACCUCAUGCACAGUAAACCCCAAAAAGAUAAA